GAUAUUUUGAGAGCAAGUAGGUGAAUUAUAUACUCUCUCGCGAGUGAGGACAGAGGUCAAUUGUAUUGGUCCUCAGCUUUCAGGAAAAGAUCACAGCUCUUUCUCGGAUACGGUACGUGUCUUCUCCUAUUCUCUGCAAUGAUCCAAACCUUAAACCCUUGAUUCUCCGGCAAAAUUGCACAUAUACUCCCCACGCUCUAAACCCCAUGUCCCCUAAGACCUCCAUAGAAUCUUGUACCUUUCAGUUGCACAGUUGGAGACCCUUUCAGCUCCCCACCACUCCCAAAACCCUAGAGCCUGAUUCCCAUAAUUCGAAACCCUACUCCAUUACCACCUCCAGCAAUGGCCUUCACAGCAAGAGACCUUGCUUAUCCGAUAGAAAGACGUCGUUUCCGAUCGACGCCCUUGACAUUUCGAAGCUGAGCUUGCUGGAAGACGACAAGCCCGCGUCCUCGGCGCCGCGCAAUCGGGGGAAUGUUCGAUGGAUCGACCGGAAGCGCCGCCGCCGUGGGUCGCGGUCGGUUUCUGGGAGGAGUAGUGACCGCAGCGGGACUCGCCGGUGCUGCUCGGUGGGGGCGUCGGCGGCGUACGCGACUUGCUCCGAUUUUCCGGUGGCCGCCGGGACAGAUUCGAGUGGGGAGCUGUUUGUGAAUGGAGAUUCUAAUUGGUCAUCGGAUGUAAGCGAGGCAAAGAAUUCGAGGAAAGAUAGGGAUGGAGGGAGUGGCGAGAAGGAGAAUUUGGGUUCUGGGUUUGGGCACAUUGGUAUUUUUGAAACUCAGGGGAAUGAAUCAGGAUACGGAAGCGAACCUGGGUAUCGGGGCGAUGCAGAAUUCGGGUAUGGAGAUGAGCUUGAUGAGGAAGAGGACGAUGCCCGGUUGUUGUUUUGGGGCGAACAACUUGGAGAUAACGAUACUAAUAUGGAGAUGGUUGGGGAGAACACAUUCUCAGAGCAAAAAGCCCAUCACAGAUGCCGGCGUAAGAAGCACGAUUAUAGAAUGAUUGAUGCGCUCAGAUAACCAAACUGCUGGCAAAUUUGAAGCAUAACUUACUUUGCUGUUAUCACCCUCUAGGUGUUCAUUGGCAAGGUGAAUCCGGUACUGGAAUUCUUACUUAUUUUGCCAUAUGUGUAGAUGUUUCAGAGCAGCCAUUUGGUUUCAAAUAUCAUGUCUAUUUAAUCCAAGAAAGGUUAUUUUGAACAUGCAAUUGCCAGAAAAUGCUGUGAAAAUGUAAGAAAGAGACUCUGUUUGCUUCCCCCAAACAUUUUGUUUGGUUUGUGAUGGAUAUAUUCACACCUUGUUGACAAUUGUAUAAA